UCUUCAUCUAGACGUGCUGGCCUAUGUUGCACUAACUGCCACACAACCAAUACCACACUCUGGAGAAGGAACGCCGAAGGGGAGCCCGUCUGCAACGCCUGUGGGUUGUACAUGAAGCUCCAUGGGGUACCACGACCUCUGGCCAUGAAAAAGGAAAGCAUCCAGACGAGGAAAAGGAAGCCUAAAAACAUUACCAAAGGCAAAACCUCAACAGGGUCUACGACUUCGGCCACUAACUCCCCUUCUUCCAUUACGAACUCAGACAGCACGGUCACUUUAAAGUCAGAGCCCAGCACAACCUCGCAGUAUCCCGGACAAACCAUCGUGUCGGUGUCCCAGGCGCAGAGCCAGUCAGACGAGGCGCUGGCCGGCGGUCACGGCGAGUUCAAAUUCGAGCCCGAGGACUACACCUUCUCCCCCACCACCAUGGCCCCGCAGCCCGGGCUGAGCGUGCCCCUCCGGCAGGACUCCUGGUGCGCCCUGGCACUCGCCUAG